AUGUCAAAUAACAUAUAUCAACAUUUACAACGGACCUCACAGCCUUCAGAAAAUAAUAAACAACAGCAGCAGUCUUUGCAGGGUUUAACGAGGGAUUUCUGGCAAAGUCACUUACAACCACAAUCUCAAAUGUCACAACAUCAAAUGUUGGGAAAGAAGUUAACAGCUGGUGCUAUCCAUGGGAAAUCUCCUAUGUUGAUGGCCAAUAACGAUGUAUUUUCUAUUGGUCCUUAUAAAGCAAGAAAGGAUAGUGUUCGUAUAUCUGUGCUGGAAAAGUAUGAAAUCAUAGGGUACAUCGCUGCUGGUACUUAUGGUAAGGUAUAUAAGGCUAAAAGAAAAGUAAGUUCAAGAAACGAAAGCUCAGGUACAGUUCGUACCACAUUGAAUAGUGAGAAUAGUAAUCUUGGUGGUAUAACCACUAGUGGCUCACAACUUGGAACAUCAACCACUGGAAGUAACGAUAAAAAUGAAUCCAUAAGAGAUAUACCAAGAACUGACAAAAUACGAGCUUCAGAAAUAAAUACAAUAAAAAAUAAUGGGCUGAGUACAGAUGGCCUCAAGAAACUAGAAUCAUUUAUUAAAAAGAAGCCUAUACCAGCAUACGUUGCUAUCAAGAAAUUCAAAAGUGAAAAAGAAGGCGUUGAGCAACUGCAUUAUACUGGAAUAUCACAAAGUGCCUGCAGAGAGAUGUCGCUAUGCAGGGAGCUGAACAAUAAACAUUUAACCAAAUUGGUAGAAGUUUUCCUGGAAAGGAAAAGUAUUUAUAUGGUAUAUGAAUUUGCGGAGCACGAUUUACUACAAAUAAUUCAUUACCAUUCUCAUCCUGAGAAGAAAAUGAUUCCUUCUAGGAUGAUUAGGUCAAUAAUGUGGCAAAUCCUUGAUGGUGUUUCAUACCUACACCAAAAUUGGAUUCUUCAUAGAGAUUUGAAGCCAGCAAAUAUCAUGGUGACCGUUGAUGGAUGCGUUAAGAUUGGUGAUUUGGGAUUAGCAAGAAAGUUUUCAAAUAUGCUACAGACUUUAUACACUGGCGACAAGGUCGUUGUUACCAUUUGGUACAGAGCACCAGAACUAUUAUUGGGGGCUAGGCAUUAUACACCAGCCAUUGAUAUAUGGGCUGUUGGCUGUAUUUUCGCUGAGUUAAUAGGGUUACAACCUAUAUUCAAAGGUGAAGAAGCGAAGAUGGACUCUAAAAAAGUAGUUCCAUUUCAAGCUAACCAAUUACAGCGAAUUCUCGAAGUGUUAGGAACACCAAGUACGAAAACCUGGACGAAUCUCAACAAGUAUCCUGAAUAUGACCAAUUUGGUAGGUUUGUAAAGUAUAGAGAUAACCUCCCUGCGUGGUAUCACUCAACUGGUGGCAGAGAUAAACAUGCAUUAGAUUUACUUUACCGUCUCUUAACGUACGAUCCAAUUCGUCGAAUUGAUGCUCUCGAUGCCUUAGAGCAUAGUUAUUUCACGAAGGCCGACUUCCCUGUAUGCGAGAGUGUUUUUGAAGGAUUAAGCUACAAAUAUCCGGCUAGAAGGAUUCAUACUAGUGAUAAUGAUAUCAUGAAUCUUGGUAUUCAUAGAAAUAAAAACCUCGAUCCCCAGCAACAGACAAUAAACAACUCAACAACCUCGACGCUGGGUGGAUUGGGCGUAAAUAGAAGAAUACUAGCAGCAGCAGCAGCAGCGGCGGCGGCAGUUUCGGGGAGCGGCAGUCAGUCUAGCUCUCGUAGCAAGGAGCCUUCGAGAAAGAAGAGAAGAUAG